GGACGGCGGGGCGGGGGCGCGCAGGUGGCGGGCGGUCCCGUUGCGCUCGCCGCCGCGGGACGGCCUCCGCCGGGAUUAGCGAGGGAGGGAGCGGGCGAGCGCCGGGCGGAGCUGCCGCCGCUGCCGCUUCCCACGUGAGGGGCCGUAGCCGCCAGCCCGGGCGAGCCUCGCUGCUCCGGGGCUUCCCCUCCACCUCCCUGUCCGGGGGCCGAGCCGCUCACGGGCCCUGCUGUCCCGCUCCCGCCCCGCCGCUGCCGGGAGGCGGCUGGCGCCGUGGCGCUGCCCCCGUGAAUACCGCUCACGGGGUGGGCGUGGGGAGGGAGGGCUGCGGCGGCCUCCCGUCCCCGGGUGUCCCAGCCCCGCCGGCGGUGGAUGCGCCCGGGAGGAGCCGCCGAGCCCUUUCAGCCCGCGGGGGGGACGCGGGGCGCCGCGAUGACUUGACGCCGGGCCGCGGCGUGCCGUGCCGUGCCAUGGAGGGGGUGACACGCUUCGUGGUGGCCUCGGCGGCCGCGGCGAGGUGGCGGCCGGCGCUGCCCGCCCUGUUGCCGCUGCUGCUCGCCGUGCCGGCGCUGCGGGGCUCGCCCGCCGCAGAUGAGAGAUCCUUGGAGCAGCAAAAUUUUUCCUUUUUCUCGGUGGACUCAAAGAUGCACGAAAGCAUAUCAGGCAGCAGGACACAAAUGGCCUUAGCAAAAAGUACUUUGGAGUCCCAAGAAAGUAAUUUCCUUCAAACGGUUUUAUCAUCAGUUACCACUCCCUUUGAUGUGACUUUAUUUAACCAAGAAGAAAUGGUCACGAUGUCAGAAGGGAGAAGUAUGCCGUUGGUAGAUGGCUCUGUAACAAGCAAUGAGGCUUUCUUAAGUGACGAUGAAUUUAUUAGUUCACUUCCAAAGGCACAGUGGACUCCUCCACUGAAGUCUUUUGUAGUUUUAACAGAUGAUCACUCAGUUAACAUGGUAGAGCCACCAAGAGAAAUGUUAGAAACUGUUUUGCUAACACCUUCAUUAUCUGUCCUUUUUUCACCAUAUGACAUCUCAAAAACAGCACAGCAGAAGACUCCGUUGGGCACUGUCCCUGAACGCAGUAAUGCUCCUACUGAAUCGAAGCCUUUUGUACCAGAUAGUGAAAUGCUAACACCAAGCAGAGACUUGCAGUUAUAUCCUCCAAAUACAGCUAUUUAUUUCACUUCCAUUCUUUCAGAGGCAGGAGUUGCAGUGCAGGAAAACAUAAAUGCAAGUUUAACAGCUUUGCCUUUUAGGGCUGCUUCAGAAGGGUCAUCUUUUCCUCUCAAGCUGCUGGAUGAAACUAGCCUGGUGACCCCAGGUGCCACAGCACAAAGUGCAGACCCGUAUGGUGAUGUUUAUGCUGAUGUGAGUAGCAGGGCAGCAGAAACUCUCAGCCUAAGGACCUACCCCUCUCCAAGCAUUCCCUGGGCCACGUUGGCUUCAGCAGCCAGUGCUGAGCCUGUUUUGUUUCCUAUUAGUCUUCCACUUGCGUCUUUCCUGCUUCACUCAGCUGCCAUUUCCAUGGACUCUAAUAGUGUUCUUAAUGCCAGCCUGUUUACAUAUGAAUCCUCCAGUACAGCACCAAAUUUGCCUGCCGGUUCAGAAAUACCAAGUCAAUCAGAGCUUGCCGGUGAGCUCAUGAGUCCAGUGCCUUUCACAAGAUCAUACAGUUCUUGUCUGUAUUGUGACUCAGUUUCACUUCUGCCCGAAGCAGGCUUUUCUCCAGAACAGGAUGUGGGCUCAGGUGAUUAUGUUGAAACUUUGUCCAUCAAAGCCUCUGAAGUACAAGGCAUAACUCCAUUUACAACUAUAAUUACUGACGGGUAUGAAUUAGAGGAGCCUACGCCUGAGACUUUUGAUACUUCUUUUCCAUCAAGACCAGUUGUUUCAUUUUCUUCAAGAUUUGCAGAAAUUCAUGAUUCAAGCAUAUUUUUAUUAAGCACCGUGGACACUAUCCUUAACACUAGAACACCUAUAACAAUUUCUCCUUCUUACCAUCAGCUUGCUGAAGGAACAUCACUGAGCAUCUCUGUUACCCAGUUUUCCCUCCCUGUUCUGGAAACAAUUUCAUUGACACCAAGCACUCACAUAGAACUUCCUGGUGCCACCACCAUUCUGUUUGACUCUACCUUCAUUCAGAGUGAGCUGGUAGCAUCGUUUGCAGUCAGUUAUACAACUUUGUUGGAGUUGCCGGAAUUAAUACCAUCAGCAUCUGUGGUUUUGCUUGACAAGACAUCGACAAGGGAGGAACCAUCUUUAAAUAUUUUGGAUUUCUCAUCCAGUCUUUUAUCAACACCAUUUCUUAUUGAACCUAGCUACGUGUCUCUAUCAUCGGCCAUGGUGAAUUCUUACUCUGUUACGGAAAGUGAUUUAUCAGUACUCUUACCUCAGACCUCGUUGAUUGGAACAUCAGUAUUUUCUGAGGAUGUUUCCAGCUGGGACUUCACUACCGCUGUCAGCUCUGCCACUGAUACUGAGGUUUCUCAGUUCCCUCUCAGCCAAACAUCAUACUUGUAUUCAAAUGCAUCCUCUGUUCCAGGUGCACAUAUUCCUGAAAUAACACCGUCAUCAGAUUUUCACUUUGAGUCGUCUGUGUUUCUGGAAGCACGCUCAGUAUUGCCAGCGGGCUCUGAAGUUGUGUUUACCUCAGCUGUUACAGGAGCUACCUCUCAGCUGGAGCCUUCACUCUCCACAUCUCACUCCGUGGUUCCUACCCUGGUGCUGCCUGCUUCCAACACCCAGUCUCUUACCAGUAGCAUCUUGCUCAAUGAAACAAAUCUGAUCUCUUUGUUUACUACCUUUCCAGCAACUCCUGUCUUAAGUGUAUCUUCAUCUCUGCUCUCAACUGCUCUGGCUUCUGAUGAGGAUAUUGGUGCUACAGUUAGCCCCACGCUGCUUUUAACAUCUCGCAGCGAGGGCAGUGCCCACACAACCCUUCCUCCUGCAGACCUUGACAACCUGACGUCAGGGGCCGAUACCAUCAGUGUGAUGCCCUUUCCUACAGCAUCUCUGUCAGUGACCACAUCGUUUGCUCCCACCCAGUUUCCUCCAACUUCUAGCCCUGCCACUGAAUAUGAAGUUCCAGCAGGAAGCACUGUAACUUCUGGCACUGAUGCAUCGGCUGCUUCCACCACUGUCCCCACAACCACAGCCACCAGUGCUACGGGCAGCCACAGCACGACCGCUGCUGACAGCCUGCCGACAUUCUCCUCCACCCCUCUGGUGACUACUACUCCAUCUGAACCUGUGGUUGUAACCUCUGCAGUGAGCACUACCAGGCAACCCUAUGUCUGCGACAUCACGGUUCCUGAUGCUUACUUAGUUACUGCAGUGCUGGCACGAAGAGCUGUUCUACAAAAUGUCAGUGAAUCCAUCAAAGAAGUGCUCAGAGUUCAGUUCAGGCGAUCAGUAGAGCUAGAGGUUUAUAAAAUUUCCCCCAAAUUUGCUUUUCUGGUGACAUCAGGUCCUUUUGUUUACACGGCAGUAGCUGUCAUAAAUGUGCUUGUGAACAGCAGUCUUCUUCGUGGUGAGGCCCCCAUGAUCCUCUCAUUGCAUCCUUCUUUCACUGUGCCAGAUAACAGAUUCCAAGUUCAGACAGUGCUUCAGUUUGUACCUCGGAACGUGGAUGUUGGGUUCUGCAAUUUUAGCCAGCGCAUUGAGAAAGGGCUGAAGAUGGCAUUCAUGGAGGUGAGCAAACACCAGGAGUUCUACAACUUCACUGUGCAGAUAUUGAAUAUAACUCUGAGCAGGCCUGGGGCAGCAUUUCGGCAAGGCCCCGUGAGCAUUGUUUUUGCCAUCCGAGAUAGGUAUGGUUUUCUAAAUGGGUCUGAAGUCAGUGAGCAGCUAAGAAACUUGUCUGUGGUGGAAUUCAGCUUCUAUCUGGGCUUUCCUGUGCAGCAAAUCGCUGAACCCUUUCAUUAUCCCAAGCUUAAUGUGUCUCAACUGAUGAAAUCUUCCUGGGUGAGAACAGUUCUCUUGGGUGUCGUCGACCAGCGAAUUCAGGAGGAAGUGUUUCGGGCUGAGAUGGAACGGAAACUAGCUCACCUGUUAAACGAGGCUUUGGUCAGAGGGCGGAUAUGGAGACGAGCCAGUUUUGCAGGCAGCAACGUUGUUCAGAUUGUGAACGUGUCGCGGUUAGUUGGUGUUGAUAACCCUGUGGAGCUGAUCUAUUUUGUGGAGGACCAAGAUGGAGAGAGACUCAGUGCUCUGAAGUGCUCGGACCUGAUGAACAGAGUUGACAUCCAGCGGGCAGCAAUCAUCCUUGGAUACCGCAUUGAAGGCACCGUUGCACAGCCUGUGGAGAAGCUGAAGGAGUCCACCUCAGAGUCACAGAAUAGCAACCUAUGGAUUAUUGUUGGUGUGGCAGUCCCAGUUGCUGUGGUGCUUCUAAUUGUUAUUAUUUUAUACUGGAAACUUUGUCGAACAGACAAACUGGAGUUUCAGCCAGACACGAUGAGCAACAUUCAGCAGCGACAGAAGCUACAAGCCCCCAGUGUGAAAGGCUUUGAUUUUGCUAAGCAGCAUCUGGGCCAGCACAAUAAAGAUGAUGUCUUGAUUAUCCAUGAGCCAACUCCUUUACCAGGACCUAUUAAGGAUACUACCCCAUCUGAAAAUGGAGAUGUGCCCAGCCCCAAAUCCAAGACUUCCUCAAAGCCUUCAAAGACUGCUCGACACAGAGGGAGGGUUUUACCAUCAGAUGCUGACUCCACUGCAAGUGAACAAUCCAGCGGGAGAGAGACAGGAGAAGAAACUGCAAGACCAUCAACUGUUGCAAACGAGGGCAAACCACGCAGAGCAGUGAAGAAGGGACCUCCUCAGACCAGCAGUGGAAAUGAGCAGCACUCAUCAGCGUCUAUCUUUGAACAUGUGGAUAGGAUGUCACGUUCCUCAGAUGCCAGCAGGCGGGUCCCAAGCAAGAUCCAGCUGAUUGCUAUGCAACCAAUGGCAGCACCUCCGGUUCAGAACUCGGUGCUUUCCGAUCGAGUAGCAGAGACCAACAAAAUUAAUAAAGAGAUACAAACAGCCCUGAGGCAUAAAUCUGAGAUUGAGCACCACCGCAAUAAGAUUCGUCUUCGCGCCAAGCGCAAAGGGCACUAUGAAUUUCCAGUGGUGGAUGAUGUGGUGGUGGUGGACUCCAAAGAACAGCACAGAAUAUAUCGCAAGGCACAGAUGCAGAUUGACAAGAUCUUGGACCCUGGAGGCAGUGUGCCUACCGUCUUCAUAGAGCCCAGGAAGAGUUCUCGAGCAAAACGUUCUCCCAAGCAGCGCCGGCGACAUCAGAUAAAUGGGAGUCCGAUUGAUGCAGAAAAGGACAGGUUAAUCACAACUGACAGUGAUGGGACAUACAAAAGGCCCCCAGGAGUCAAUAAUUCUGCAUAUAUUUCUGACCCAGACUUGCCUCCUGAACCUCAGACAUCAUCUUCAGCUGAUGUGGGGAAGUUCCCCGGCUUGCCUUCCCACCCAGUCUCCCAGUAUGUCCCACCACAGCCAUCCAUUGAAGAGGCUCGGCAAACCAUGCACUCACUGCUGGAUGAUGCUUUUGCGCUGGUGGCUCCCAGCAGCCAAGCAGCCAGUUCCACAGCCAUUGCACCACCCGGGGUCUCUGCAGGACAGCCGGUAAACAACACUCCUGCUCGAGCAGGGAGGGGAACCACAUGCACCCAGUGGGGAUCACCUUAUGGUCCAACUCAGGCAGUAAACAACCCAUUUAAUAGAUAUGUGGAAUUUGGAAUGACUCCGCCAACAGCACCAGGUCUCCUACCAAGGCAGAACUUUGGGCCAGGUUUUCUUCAGCCUGCGGAGUUAAUGCACCCAGACCAGCAGCCACCUGAAGUUCAGUAUUCCUCCAGAGGGAUAUACUCAGAGGAAAUGCCAUCAGUGGCACGGCCACGACCAGUCGGAAGCACUGCAGGUUCUCAGAUACAGCACCUCACUCAGGUGGGAAUUGCUAGCAGGAUCGGAGGUCAACAAGUGGAGAUCCCCUCAGGCAGAGCAGGGCAUGGCCAGCCGGGGGGGCCAGGGUGGCCCCAGUACCGUGGAGAGGAUGAAUAUGCUAGGCGAGAUGCAACGCAUACGCAUGGACACCAAGAAUAUUCCUCCUCACCAGUAUUCCCGAUGCCGAGGACUUCAGCCAGGCAGCCCUCAGCACCCCCUGCUCAGCUUCCACACAACAGCCUCCAGGGCCAGGGCCUUUGCUACACCACCAGUUCCACUGAGGACCUCCAGCCAGGUCACUCCUCAGCCUCUCUUAUCAAAGCAAUUAGAGAAGAACUUCUACGACUUUCUCAGAAACAGACAACAGUGCAGAACUUCCACAGUUGAUUUAGCAUUCCCUUGCAAAUCUGCCACGUAUCUGCUUCCUAUGGAAGCAAAGACUUAGAGGAGUUCAGCAAUGUUAUUCUCUCAAAAGAAUGAACUUCACAGCUCUGUUGACCACACUCUGGAAAAACUGAAAAAGGCAGCAAAAUGAGGAUAGUGGGGAGAGAUGGGGGACAAACAGGGAAAAUCAUUGGUGUCAUCACAAGUAGUAUUAAUCAGUGCUAAUAUUACGGUGCUUCUCUUCUCUCCCUGCCCUCAUUCAACGUAACAUAAAUAAAACCUUAGGUCAAGAACUCAAUGCUCCAGCAACAAAAAAAUCACUGAAACAAACUCCAAGUAUGAUAGACUCCUUUUUCUAAAGAAGUAGGUGAAGGCUUGAAUAAACUGAGAUGACAUUUUGCAAGAGAUUGCAAAUAUUCUGAUUCUCCAGUGCAUAUGGGGAACUGGUUUGUGUUGCUGUUCUGCAAGACUACAAACUGUAUCAGCUCAAGGGUGUUGAAGGUGUGAUCCCACAUAAGAAUCACUUUGGUUGUCAGGAACAGUGGGACUACUUAGAAUAAAAGUCUUUAUGAGCUACUUGUAACAAACUGGAACAAUAUUUGUUAUAGCUCUAUGCUUCCGAAUGGAGCUACCCUCUGCACUCUUCCUUGUUUUCCUUCUGGUGCUGAAGCUUCAAGUGUUCCUUCAUCUUCAAUGUUUGCAAAGUGAAACAUUGGCCUUGUAUAACUAAGAAAAUAUCUGUAGACUCAUUCAGGCUGGAAAAACAAAGCAAAGCAUCCAAACAGAAAGGGCUUGGUAUUUAUUUUGUUUCAAAAUUACUGAAAACUGGGAGAAUACUACUCAGCCACAGUUGAAUUUGGGGUGAUGUGUACAUAUAUCUUUAAACAGUAUCUUUACAUACAAUAUGCUCUUGCAAGACCAGCGAUAAAAUAUUGCCACUCUGUCGUUUGCUUUGUGGACAGAAACCAAUCCAGCCUGACUGGUACAGGGUCACCAGCAUUAUGUUAUAAAUUGAUGUCCUAAAUCAUUGCUUAUGUUUGGAUCUGAAUAAUUUUAGUGAAAGUCAGUGACAGUUUAGAGCAUUAACCUAGGCUUAGAUUUGCAGUUUUGAGACAGUUUCUAUAUUUAUACUUGUUUCCACUGUCCCUUUGGACAAAGGGUGAGCAUUAUCCCCAUGGUAAGAAUGGUACGUGCCAUGGAACUGUUUGUCGCUGGUUUUUUCAGUUUUAAUUUAAUAUUAGCUACGAGUUUACUAAUAUUUGGCCAUUGCAUAACUGUAACUGACAUAAUACAUACGGAAAUUUUACUUAAUGAUUUGUUGGAGUGUGUUUAUUUUCAGAUGAGGCUGAACUAAAGUUAACAGACUGACACAGAGAUAGAGGGUAAGCUCAGUGUCUGUGAGGACGCUUGGGAGCCUUGCUACUUGGUGCUACAGUGUGGGUAUUUCAAACACUAAGAGAUGGUAGUUGUAAAGGGUCUAUGGGACAGUAGUCUGCCAAAGAGAUCACUGGGCACUCGGUCAUGGUAGGGCUGCAUUUCCCUCACUCACUGGGGUAGAAAUGGCAUUGGUAAAACAUGGGUAUAUAACACUGGUGUGGUGUGGUGGUUGUUGGCUACCAAAUCUGUUCUUGGUUCCAGUGCACAGUUCGGCAACUGUGACAGGACUAACUCAGACUGAAAUGAAAACAGGUAGGUGGGCAUCAGGAAAAAAACCUAUUUACCUUGUUCAUGAAGUGUGUACAUAAUAUUCAUUGCCAAAGCCAAAACUAGGAAGUGACUGGCUGCUCACUGAUGCAGAAAAAAAGGUGGAAUGUUCCUCUUUAUUAGGAAGCUGAGUUAUCUUUUCUGUUUAUACAUGAUCAUCAAAAGGCUGUAUGAAGUCGUUUUGAGGGAUUUACUGUAGUGAAGCAGUCUAAUACUUAAAGUCUUUAUGGGCACUGGUUGAGGUUUGAACGGAGUCAGAACACCAGCAUGGUUGUGAACAGCAGUAUCAACAGGUUAUGAUAUUUUGAAUUUUUUAAGCUUUUUGUGUGGUAAUCACUUCUAGGAUAAAAAUAAAGAAAUGUUUAUUUUCUGCCAAGUUUGUAAACAUGAAUGUUGCCAGCACUUCUGCAAAAUACCAGGUUUUGCACAAUGAAGAAUGUAUCAAUCAGGCAAUGUUUAUUUGGUCUUUUCGACAAUGCUGAAGACUGACUGUUCCUGUGCUCCCAUUAAAACAAUCUUUUUCAGAGCACACAUCCUUCUCUAGCCUAAUUCUGCAGUGGGGUCAAAGGCCAGUGCUUAUAAUAUUUACAUGUUACUGUGACUUCAUUUCAAGAAAAUGUGGGCCUCUAGAAAGUAAGGUCAUUGUCUGGCUGCUGGUGCCAGCUAUUUAAGAAGGAAUAUGAAAUAAGAGCUUUGAAAGUUAGAGGUACUCAAGCCAUUCCUCAUUCAUUUUUGCUGGUGAUGAUGAUUCUAAUGUGAUAUUCCAUCUUUUAAUGUUUGGAAGAAUACCCUUUUUGUUUUCAGUCUCAAAUCUUCCAAAGAACAUAGGAUACAGGACAAAUAUGGACUGGUAAGUAAAAGAGGCUUUCUGAUGCAAAAAAAAUCCGUCUUUAAAACUUUACAAGUUCAUGGAGCAGGACAGUAAAAUAUAAGUUGGAAAGCUGUGUUUGGAAGUUGCUUAGGGCAGAGAAUUUUGUUUAAGAAUGCUAUGUUCUCAAACUGUCCGGAGACCUGAUCCACUGUUCACAAAAAAAUGGUAUGGCAUAAUCUGUAUCUUCAUCUAAUAAGUAACACAUAAAGCACCGAUUCCAAGGAUGGUCUUGGAAGACCCACACUGUGCUCUCUGCAGCUCCAGGAAAAGUUGGGUUUUUCAUGUGCUGCAGAAGGACUGUGUGGAAUGCAUGUGCCAAAAUGUGUGUUUCCACUUGGGAAUUCAGGGAAAAAAAAAAUCUGUAAGCUUCUACAACCCCAUGUGCUUGAGCUCUUUUGCCAAUGUUUUUUAUUGCCCUAUUAGAAGGGAGGGGGAUGGGAACUAAACCUUUUUUUUUCUGAAACAUUAAAUUAUCCUGAAUUUAAGUAUCUGUUAAUGAAUCUACCAGUUUCUGAAAACACUGAUCAGAUGAGAAGCUGGUACGGGCACAGAAAGCUGUUACCAACAGUUACAUCCAUUUCCGUGACUAAACCAUCUGGUUCAUGGAAUCCUCAGGCUCUUCUCUUUCUUCUCAAUUUUCCUUGACAUUUGUGUUUAGUCUGUGUUUAGUUUGGCAUAUAGAAGAACUUGGCAAGAUGGGGACUACGCAAUUUAGCUUGGUUGGUUUGCUUUUCCUUUUCGUGGCCAAAAUGUUGACCCCUAGCCUGCUCCUUGAUUAUCCUUGGAGCUAAGUGAAAUUUUACAAUUAUUUUUCAUACACUCAAUUUGAAAGGCAGCACACACUUCAGUACUAUAAAAUAUUCUCCACCAGGAUGUAACACAUGGUCCUGUCAGUGGCUGUGGGCAUACGACUCAGGAAAGAAAACCUUACUUUUAGGAGUGAAUUGCAUAGGUGCUGGACUUAACAUGUUAAAUAUGCUCACUUUGGAGCAGUAAGUGGAAUUUAAGUGACCCUUUGCAAUGUAUUGUACUUGCAGUGGUUUGGAACAGGCUUCAGAUACAGUAUUUGGAGAGCAGCAGCCUCCCAUGAGGUCUACAUAUCACCUCUGUGCCCAAAGGAGUGCUUGGUGAGAUGCUGGCUGCCCCAAUGUCAUGCACAUUUAUGCACACACAUAAAUACAUAAAUAGAUUGAUCACCCAAAAGUGCAUGUUCCUACCAAGUGCUGAAGCGAGUCCCUUUAAAUUAGACCACUGACAGCAGGGCUACAGUGUUCUCUUAGAAAGAGGUUGUUGGUAGGGAUCAUAACUUCCCAAGAACCAAAAUGACUGACGCUGUUGUGUGCAAACUCACAGCUUGAAAACACAUCAAGUGGAUUAAACAAAGAAAUUAAUAUGUAUUUGAGCCCAGGUGAAGUCACCAAUUGUGCAAUGUGGAUGGCAGUAGGCAGUUGAAUUCAUCUUUUAACUCUUGCCCUCACUACAUUCUCCCCUUUUCCAGCUUUAACACUUUUUCAGCUCAAGGAAGGAAUGGGCAUUUCCCAUGCCAUGCCUUAUCUAGCAGUUCUUUGUUAACAGGUGCCAGUCCUUGAAAAAAAACAUCUUGGCCAAGAGCUUUGAAGUGGCAGGAUGAAGAACAUUUGUGACUUUGAGGUGGAAACAUGUUGUGGGCCAUGUUUUUGCAGCAGCAAAGAAAUAAAUGGAUUAAAAAGAAAAAAAAAAAAACAAACCACCACCUGUUUGGUGUGUUCUGAAUAUGGA